UUUUUCAGAUUUCGCGAAUUUAUUUUCCCUAAAAUCGUAUCUUUAUUGCCUAAUCCCUAUUACCGCUGGUAUUGUAACUACCUCUACUACUCUGCUGUUCGCCGUGACAAUUCCAAUUUCUCGUGCUUAUGGCAACUAGAAAUGCUGUACACAUGGGACAGAUUCUAGGUUAUGUGUGAUUGACGACUGAUUAAAUUGAAUCAUGUCAGUUGAAUUACCUGAAGCUAAAGCGGAUACUUUACAAGAAGUAUUUUCUGAUAAAUUUCAAUAUAUCAAUUUGGAUCAUUAUAAUAUAUAUCAUUUUGAAGAAAUUCUAAUCGAUGGUCGACGAUAUCAAUUUCGUUUAUCUUCAAAAGGUGAUUUAAUGACAGUGGUCACUCAUAUAGCUGGUAGAGCUGUUCUCUUGGUAUCAGUAUGGACAAAUAUGGAUUAUGAGAAACGUUUACGUGAAAUUCAUCAACAUAUUUUAGAAAUGGAACGUACCGGAACUAUCCCAAUUGAUUUUCGAGGUUUACUUGGUCGAGCAGCUGGUGGCGGCGGUAGUAGCGUCGGCAUAGGAGCAAGUGCAAAUGAACAAACAGUAUCAUAGACAUUUUAUAGUAAUUUCAAUUUUAAUGCUUUUAUUAUUCACACAAAAUUGUGCAUUUUCAUGUUUGUUGGUUUGUUUGUUUUCUCCCGUAACUGUGAAAUUCCUUUUUCUGUAUUUGUAAUCUUGUACAUAUAUUUAUAUUAUAUAUAUUUAAGAAAAACAA